AAUUUAAUGGAAAUCUCAUCGGCCAAAUGGGUAUCUGAAUUGGGAAUGGAGGAUCACACCUUUGUCAAUGGAUACGAAAUGGACUCUUUCGGGUACUCACUUGAUGAGCUUCAUUUCCAAUCUUUUUCUGCUGAGAGCUACUCAUCUUACCCAGAUCUCAGUCCCAAAAGCGCACACAACUUUACGGCCGGUUCAGCAAUCGAAAAUAUGCAGACCGACGGUCUGGGAAGACCGGCAAAACAGCUGAAGACAAGCAGUUGGAACUCUUGCACCACCGACCAUAUGACAGCUUCCAAGGCUGCUUCUUCCUCCUCGUCGCAGUUAAUUUCUUUUGAGAAUUCAAACUCACCCCCACCAACUUCUCAGAAAUUCUAUGGUCUAGACUGCACCAUCAAAACAAAGACCGAGGCGGCGGCCGGGUGUGAUAGAAAUUUGAAUUUCCCAACUAGUAUAAUUUCUCAGAGCUCUUUUGAGAUGCAAAAUUGUCAGGCGGCCCCCAAGAGGGCUGGUGCAAUGACUAGAACUCCUUUGAAUGCCCAAGAUCACGUAAUAGCAGAGCGAAAGCGCCGGGAAAAGCUCAGCCAGCGGUUCAUUGCACUUUCAGCAGUUGUUCCUGGCCUAAAGAAGAUGGACAAGGCUUCUGUUCUUGGAGACGCUAUUAAGUACUUGAAACAGCUUCAAGAACGUGUGAAGACACUCGAAGAGCAGGCUGCAAAGAGAACAAUAGAAUCAGUGGUUUUUGUGAAGAAGACGCGGAUCUCAGCAGAUGAUGACACCUCCUCAUCUGAUCAUCAUGAUCAGAACUCCGACCAACCACUCCCAGAAAUUGAGGCUAGAGUUUCGGAGAAGAAUGCGCUCAUUAGAAUCCAUUGUGAGAAUCGCAAAGGAUGUGCUGCAAAAAUACUAACCGAAAUGGAGGAACUUGGCCUGACUAUCCUCAAUAGCAGCGUCUUGCCAUUUGGAAAUUCCACACUUGAUAUUACUGUUGUUGCUCAGAUGGACGUUGAAUUCUCAGCGACAGUGGAAGAUCUGGUGAGAAACCUACGACAAGCUCUGUUGAAACUCACGUGACAUUUGCAGAUUGCAAAACUUGUCUCUACGAUUCUUUUCACUCUUUAAUUCACACAUCAGAACCGUGGGAUCGAUGACGAGGAACAAUAAUAAGAAGCUCUG